AUGCACCGUUUCCGACUUGGCCGCCGACGAGUCGAGCGCCACCGAAAUGGUUUUCUUGAUGAGGCCGUGGUCCUCCGCAGGGCGGAUGGAGGCGCGCGCGCCCGCGCCCGGCCCAAAUCGCCGCGGGAGCACCGACGCAAACUUGCGCGAGUUCUUGCGCCGCGCGUGUUUUUCGCGCACGCUCGAGGUGUCCAACUGGCGGUACACCAAAAAGCGGCCCAAAAUGCGCGACGCCGACCACGAAACGCCGUCGGUCCAGCGCUUGAUGCCCGAGCGCUCUUCAAUGAACACGAAAACGUGGCCCAGGCGAAUGAGCAGGUUCCGUUCGCGGUGGAGCGGCCGGCGCGAGACGGUGGGGAUUUUUUUAUCGAGCGCCGCUUGGAUCACAAGCAACGCAUCUUUGGUGGAGCCGAUAAAGCCUAUGUAGGAAGGCUGGAGCGCAGACAUGGGCGAGCAAAGACCAACAAGUACUUGCAAAUCUCGGGCCAAGAUGGAGCGCUAAAAGAUGCGCGAAGCGUCUCGGGGUGGGGAAGUGAGACGGCGACGAUUGCAAUUGGGGUGGUGGGUGUAGUCUUGCCAACAGCACACUUGCAAGCACUGUUAUCGGGGCGAUAA